UAGUCACAGUUAUUCUAGAUACUUAAAAAAGUGUGGUUUGGACCGUUCAUUUAGAUCAGAAGAUCGGUUUAGAUGGGACAACGAAUGGCGGCUCUAUUGUCUGCACGCUGACUGGAAGUCAAUUGACUGAAUCAAAGCUGGUUCAACAUGUAUAGCAACUUGUAUAAUGGAUUUUAAGGGUUUUGCCCUCUAACAAUUUUCUCCAUUUACCAUGGCAGAAAACGAUGUUGAUAAUGAGCUGUUGGACUACGAGGAAGACGAGGAGCCCCAAACCAUUGUGGACAGCGCAGUCCCAGCCGGCAAGAAGGAGGUGAAAGGCUCCUAUGUCUCCAUUCACAGCUCCGGCUUCCGCGAUUUCCUCUUGAAACCAGAGCUGCUCCGUGCAAUCGUUGACUGUGGCUUUGAGCAUCCUUCUGAGGUCCAGCAUGAGUGCAUUCCACAAGCCAUCCUGGGUAUGGACAUCCUGUGCCAGGCAAAGUCUGGAAUGGGAAAAACCGCCGUGUUUGUGCUCGCCACACUCCAACAGAUCGAGCCAGUGGAUGGCCAGGUUUCUGUGCUGGUUAUGUGCCACACACGUGAACUAGCCUUCCAGAUCAGUAAAGAGUACGAGCGCUUCUCCAAGUACAUGUCCAGCGUUAAGUGUGCGGUCUUCUUCGGUGGUUUGUCCAUAAAGAAGGAUGAGGAAGUGCUGAAGAAGAGCUGCCCUCACAUUGUGGUGGGAACACCAGGGAGGAUCCUUGCCCUCAUUCGCAACAAGACCUUGAACCUCAAAAAUGUCAAACACUUUGUGUUGGAUGAAUGUGACAAGAUGCUGGAGCAGCUGGAUAUGAGACGGGAUGUCCAGGAUAUCUUCAGACUGACCCCUCAUGAGAAGCAGUGCAUGAUGUUCAGCGCCACAUUAAGCAAAGAGAUCAGACCGGUCUGUCGCAAAUUCAUGCAAGAUCCGAUGGAGGUGUUUGUCGAUGACGAGACUAAGCUUACCCUGCAUGGACUUCAGCAAUACUACGUCAAACUAAAGGACAGCGAAAAGAACCGCAAACUGUUUGACCUGCUUGACGUUCUCGAGUUCAACCAGGUGGUGAUAUUUGUCAAGUCCGUUCCGCGAUGCGUGGCUCUCUCUCAGCUGCUGGUUGAACAGAAUUUCCCAGCCAUUGCGAUCCACAGGGGAAUGGCUCAGGAAGAAAGAUUGUCCCGGUACCAACAGUUUAAAGAUUUUCAACGGCGGAUCCUGGUGGCUACUAAUCUGUUUGGUCGUGGGAUGGAUAUCGAGCGUGUUAAUAUCGUUUUCAAUUAUGACAUGCCUGAAGAUUCAGACACGUACUUACACAGGGUUGCUCGUGCUGGUAGGUUUGGCACAAAAGGAUUGGCCGUCACCUUUGUAUCAGAUGAGACGGAUGCAAAGAUCCUGAAUGAUGUGCAGGACCGUUUUGAAGUCAACGUCGCCGAGUUGCCCGAGGAAAUCGAUAUCUCCACCUACAUUGAGCAGUCCAGAUGAGCUAGAUGUGUGAAGAAGUUGUGGUGGCUGUUAUCCAGAUCUCCCUCUCUGUCUCAGUGUUGUUUCUGUGACAGCGGGAAGAGAGAACCGCCCAAUUUUUAUUUUCAUAUGAUCAUGCCCAAAAAGCCUCUUCUCCUUUUGUGUACUUUAUUUUAUUGUUCCAGGGAAUCUGUGGGGAAUCCUUUUUUACUUAUGUUAAUUGUGGAUGUUUGUUGAUUUGAGAAUUAAAAACAUUUUAUACUACACAA